GAGACGGGUCUCUGCAUGUCAAACACGGAGCUGACUGAGGGGAAAGAGUUUCAUGUAUGAGGUAAAGCUGUGUGACCCAACAUGCGUUCAGUCAAGUCAAGAAUGAGGAAAGGCGUUCAAGUUGAAGUGAACAAGCCCACAGGGCGCACAGACUGCUCGUGUCAGCUCGGCUCCGUUACUCUUCAGCCAUGGGGACGUUUUUAAACCGUCAAGUGAUCCUGUUUCUCUUCUUGCUGUCGGCAUCACAAGUUUUCGGUUUCAACAUCUGCACAUCACGAGGAGUCACCACUUGUCGACAGUGCUUGGCUGUUCACCCCAGCUGUGCAUGGUGCUUUCAGGAGGAAUUUGGUAAGGGGGGAUCCAGUGUGUCCCGCUGCGACCUGAAGCAGAACCUGCUGGAAGGAGGGUGCAGUACGACGUCUCUGGAGUUUCCCUCCAGCACAAUGACUAUUGAGGAGGAUGUCCCGCUCAGCGACAAGGCCUCGGGCACAGCUGACGAUGUCAUUCAGAUAAAACCUCAGAGACUUCACAUGGUACUACGACCAGGCGAUACCAAGCGUUUCACUGUGACAGUGAAGCAGGUGGAGGAUUACCCAGUGGACCUCUACUAUCUGAUGGAUCUUUCCUUUUCAAUGAAGGACGACUUGGCUCGCCUUCAGACUCUGGGCAGUGAGCUCGCUGUGACCAUGGGCCGCACCACAAGCAACCUACGCAUGGGGUUUGGAGCCUUUGUGGACAAGACCAUGUCCCCUUACAUGUACACCUAUCCUCCAGAGGCAGUCACAAACCCUUGCUAUGGACUUGAUGAAAAAUGCCAGGCUCAGUUCGGGUUCAAGCACGUGCUGCAGCUGACGGAUAAGGUAGCGCGCUUCACUGAGGAGGUGGAGAAACAGGAUGUGUCUAGAAAUAGAGAUGCUCCAGAGGGUGGAUUUGAUGCUGUCAUGCAGGCUGUGGUGUGCAAGGAGAAAAUUGGCUGGCGCCCGGAUGCCUCACACCUACUGGUGUUCACCACCGAUGCCAAAACUCACACCGCACUGGAUGGGCGUAUAGCAGGCAUCGUGCAGCCCAAUGAUGGAAAGUGUCACCUUGAUAAUGACAACAUUUACAACAAAUCUACUGUGCUGGACUAUCCCUCCUUGGCGCUCAUGACCGAGAAAAUGUCUGAAAACAACAUCAAUUUAAUUUUUGCCGUGACCAGCUUUGUGGUGCCGCUCUACAAGUCGUACAGUCAGCUCAUCCCGGGCACGACCGUGGGGACGCUGUCCGAUGACUCUGGGAACGUUAUUCAGCUCAUUGAAGAGGCUUAUGCGAAAAUUCGCUCUAAUAUGGAGCUGGAGCUGCUGGGAGUCCCCGAGGAGUUGAAUCUCUCCUUCAAUGCCACUUGCCUGAAUGGGGAGGUCAUCCAGGGACUCAGGUCCUGCUCUGGCCUCAAGAUCGGAGACACGGUGUCAUUCAGCGUGGACGCUCAGUUGCGUGGCUGCCCUAAGGAGAAGAGUCGCACUUUUACCAUCAAACCUCGGGGGUUCAAGGAUACCCUGGAGGUCAGGGUGGACUUCGCCUGCGGUUGCGACUGUGAGGCAGCGGCAGAAGCCAACAGCCCCCUCUGUAACAGCAACGGGACCUACGAGUGCGGCGUGUGCCAGUGUCACCAGGGUCGUCUGGGCCCUCGAUGCGACUGCUCAGUGGAGGACUACAGCCAAACCGACGACGUUAACUGCAUCCCGAAGCCGGGCAGCCCGAUCUGCAGUGGCAAAGGCAACUGUUUGUGUGGACAGUGCUCCUGCCAUACAAACGAAUACGGUCAGGUGUGGGGAAAGUACUGCGAGUGUGACGACUUCAGCUGCGCGCACUUCAAAGAGGCGCUCUGCUCCAAUAAUGGGAAGUGUAACUGUGGCUACUGCGAGUGUAAUGCCGGCUGGAAAGGAGAAAACUGCAACUGCACCACCCGCACAGACACCUGCAUGUCCAGCAUCGGCCUGCUGUGCAGCGCCCGCGGUAACUGUGAGUGUGGGGUUUGUCACUGCACUCAGCCUGGUGCCUACGGAGCUACCUGCGAGAAAUGCCCCACCUGCCCCGAUUCCUGCACCAUAAAAAAGGCGUGUGUCGAGUGUCAGCACUUCAAGAGAGGGCAGUACGCCGAAGACAACAGCUGCAGUAGAAUCUGCAGAGAUGAAAUUAUAAUCGUGGAUAAACUGGUUGUCCAUGACAGAAAUGCAGUGAAUUGCUCCUACAAAGAUGAAAAUGACUGCGUGGAGCACUUCCAGUACUACGAAGAUGAAAGUGGCAAAUCCAUUCUGUAUGUGGUGAAAGAGCCAGAGUGCCCCGAGGGCCCAGACGUCUUGGUCGUGCUCCUGGCGGUGGCUGGAGCCAUUCUGCUCCUGGGCCUUAUUGGCCUGCUCAUCUGGAAGCUGCUGGUCACCAUCCACGAUCGCAGAGAGUUCGCUAAGUUUGAGGAGGAGAGAGCCAAAGCCAAAUGGGACACGGCUAACAAUCCUUUGUAUAAAGGAGCCACGUCCACCUUCACCAACAUAGCGUACCGAGGCAAAUAACAACCAAGUGGGAUGAGAAAAACUCAGGGGUCAAUGACAAAGGUGGAAUGUAGUAGUUCAGAGGUGGAUGAGAAGAAGCUCACACUGUCACGUGACAAGCUACUGUAGCUGAAGAGCAGUUAUUAUUGCUGUCAAUGAUGUGAUGAAAUCUUUGUACAUAAUGUAAAAAUAACUAGAAAUGUUAAUAUAAGUCACAGACGGUUUGCAUUCUCUUUUCUGUGUUACGCUUUCUCAGUACUGCACAUGCAAUCAGACUGAAGUUCAAGCAACUCCACUGUCAGGUUACACUUAAGGGAAUCACUGUCACUUCUUUUUGGGAAGUCUUGAUUGAGAUUUUUUUUGGUAUUACUUUUUUGUUUUUGCUCACAUUUUAAGAUGGAAAUAGGAAUCACCACGAGCUAAUAGCAAGAAGUCAUCAUAGAGAAUCUGAGGUCUUUUUCAGUGUCUUCAGGCAGGUCUGAUGUAUUAUUUACACCUAAGGCUUGUUUCAUUUGAAUCUUAAAUGAUGUCGUUUUCUCUUUCAGAGUGCAGCUGCAGCCUAUUUCAAAAAGCCUUCUUUCGACAAUGGCAAUUUCGGAUGAAAUCAGUGAACCUAAAAUGUGCACUGUAGGAUUUGAAUACAUUAUUACAACAUGCUUCAGGGGCUUAUAUAUGCAUUACCACUUUCGUUUCUUUUUCUAAUACGAAAUUGUUUAUGGUAAUGAUUUUGACAAGAAUGCAGCACUAUGUGGAACAGUUAAACGGUAACUCCAGGAUUUUUGAACCUGCAAAUGAUUUUCCCAUGUUUUUGGGUGUAAAUGAUUUCUGGCAGUUGGUCAACUAUUGAGCAAUAACAGUACACCCAGCAACUGCUAAACAGCUGCUGCAAUGUAAACAACAGGGCAUUUGGUUGUGUCAAAGUAUGUCCACUAUAAGUGCCUGAUUUUGCCACUGACAGAGUUGUUAUUGUAGGAUUAGAUCCUUACAGAGAUAGGCAUUUUUGUUACAGAAUAAGAUCUUUGUUUAACCAGUUCUAAGUUCAAAGCCAGCAGACUCAUUUUACCUCGUACAACACGGGAGAUGCUGGUCUACCACUGCCUCGAUCAGUUGGUGUGUUUGUUUGUGUGACGUGAUCGAAUGCCCCGUUAUUUACGUUGCAGCAGCUGCUUAGCGUUGCCUGGUAUACCGUUCUUGAUCAGUAAUGGACCGAUUGUAAAGAUCUUUGUCCCUAUCAAUCAUCUACACUACUUGGUUUACAGUGAUGAUCGUGGUCUCUAUUGUUUUUGAAAUCCAUACCAAUGGUAACUUUAUUAAUGCUUUGACAUGUUUCUUUAACACUGCAUCAUCACCUGUUUUUGUGUUUGUUGGGCUGUUUUAUUGUGAAUUUUAUUUGUAAAAGUGCUUUAAUAAUAGUUCUCUGUCCAACCAUUGCUGAACUGUAAAUAGUUUGGUUUAAUAGUUUCAAUUUUCUACUGAGCAGCUCUGUGUUUUACUGGUCUUUAUUUGUGUAUAUGGACAGAUUUUAUUGCACAACAUCGGCCACAGUUCCAUGUAAUUGUUAAUAACAAAUUUGAGUUCAGUGUGAGGUGUAUUUUGGUUGUGCAGCUCUGAUCCUCUCUCAGGACAUAGCCUGAAAACUCACUGCAUACUUGUCUGUUCCAUUUGUUUGUUUGUUUGUUUGUCUGUCUGUCUGUCUGUUUGUUUGUUUGUUGUUUGUUUGUUUGUUUGUUUUUUGCACACUUUUUUAAAGAAGUCUGUGAUUUAGUUCUAGUUCUUUACACUGAGGGAAUGAAUAAAGAUUUGUUAUACCUGACUUCA